AUGCUCGGCUACGGCAAGUCAUCGCCGCUUUCUUCACCACACCGUCUUCAGGCCCGUGCUCUCGCAAUCCAGGCCACCAGACGGCCCUUGUCUUUGGUCCGCCUCCACCUGGACUGGAAGCAGCACCAGCAUCCAGCAGCGCAUCCAGCCAGCAGCCAUUGCCAUACGAGCAAAGCAACCACGUCCAGCCAUCAAUCAGCCCUCCCCUCAGUCGCGACUUUCACUCUUGUACUCCCAACUUAUUUUCUACGAACAUCACCACACCUCCUCCUCUCCCUCCCCUCCUCCGUCUCUCCUCGACACCAUCCUGCAUUCGAAACCCCCGCCUUCAGACCGUAUUUCUUUGCGGUAGCCACAGCCUCAUCUACUGUAUACUCGUGGGAAGCAAGCCGGCUACGUGCAGCGGCAGUGGGACAGACAGCAAUUCCCACAUCUCCCAGCCAGACUCCUGCAGCUCGCCAGAUCCUGAACAUUUGUCGAUGGGCGACACCGUCUUUGACGCCUCGAAAAGAUCUUCAUUCCAUCACCUUCCAAUUGCCCAUCCGUCCUCAAUUUCCGGGUCUCAAAAGGACCCUAACCGCCACCAUUCCCUCUCCGCAUUCUCUCGCUGCGAUUCUUUCGCCCUCCGCACCAAGUGAAGAUACCACCAAUUCGACGUCGCGAGCCUCGACACCGAAGCGCACCCACGCCGAAGCCUUCUCCGCCGAAUUGGCCUAUCUACAUCCCACAUCGCCCACGCAACACCGAGCCAGUAUUGCCUCGGUGAGCGCGCCGAGCCCAGGCUCUAGGGCGCCAGAUGAUGGGAGCGCGGGUAGCACAAGGAGUUUGGAGGAGAAGAAACCACAGAAAAUGGUGAGAUCGAGCAUUGCAUGUGUGAAAUGUAGGAGGAGUAAAGUCAAAUGUGUCAACACUGGAGUAAACUCGGUUUGUAAAUCGUGCGCGCAGAACAACAGAGAAUGCACUUAUCCAGUAGCUGGCUCCAUGCCGACGCCGAAACGGAAUGAAGCCUCAGCUGGAAUCAAAAUAGAGAAAGGCGAGGAAGGAGAGAGCAAAAAACGUAUACGCAAGCAAGCCGAGGACAGUGUGAGGCGUAAUAGCACGAGAAUAGUGGAUGGUCCACUGGACUCACCUGUGCUCAACAAGAAGGUUUGGGAUGAGCUUUACGCGAUAUUCAAGCUUCACUUCUCCACUGAGAUGCCAUUUCUUCACCCACCCUCAUUUCGCAUCCGAUUCAAGCAGGUCGCCUAUCCUCGGGAUCCUUCAAUUCCGUCAUCUGAGAUUCAAGAAGGAAAACUACUCCUCUUGGGCGUUUUGGCACUCACGGCCCGAUAUCACCCAGAGCUUGAAGCCCUUCAUGGAGGUCCACUCAAUGCGAGUGAGUACUACGCAGAAGCCUUACAGGCUGCUUUGGCCGGACCGAUUAGUAAAAUCUUUACGGUUCAAUCUCUUGAGGUGAUACAGGCAGCGCUCAUGCUCUCUUUGUAUGAGUGGGGUCAGACCAGAGGACUGACCGCCUGGAUGUAUGUUGGUAAUGCCAUCAGACUAGCACAGUCAAUGGGUCUGCCCUACGAGGAUGAUACUGGGCCACAAUCGAACUCAUACCCAAAAAAUGAUACACACAAAAACGGCACUGAGAGUGAGAUGAUUACAGAUAAAGAAGUCCGACGUCGCACAUGGUGGAGUUGUUUUGUUAUGGAUCGUAUGCUUGCGGCUGGCAAGUGUAGGCCGACCAUGAUAGAUGUUGACAAGUUGCGAAUCCAGCUACCAUGCUCAGAUGAUCGAUUUCUGUUCAAGAAAGCAACACGGACGGAUGUCUUAAAAGCGAAUUUCAAGCGGGAAGGCACCGAGCCCAUCAACAAUGAAGGGGUCCUAGGAUGGUACAUUCGAUUAGUUGAGAUCUUCGGAAGAUUUUCCGUGUGGAGUUAUUCUGGGGGAAGAAGGACAGAAACUCAACCACCAUGGCAUCCUUCUACCACCUUUUAUCAGAUACGCACGGAUUUGGAAGAGUUUCAUCAUGCACUACCGCCAAGUCUGACGUUUACGCCCGAAAAUCUGUCUGCGCAUAUCGAGGGACCUGGCGCCACCGCUUACGCCUCGCUACAUACGCUGUACCUAUUGUGCUUGAUCAUGCUUCAUAGAGAGUACUUUCCCUUUAUCCCGCUGGCCUGCAAAGGACCAAAUGGGCCAUUAGACGAGCCGACCUUCUCACCAUCCAGAUUUCCGCCACCCCCAAAUUUCUGGAAGGACAGCGCAGAGACGGUUUUCAAAGCUGCUAGAGACAUUAUUGAGAUUGUGACAACUCUCAGAGACGACGACGCUCUUCCUCAAUCAGCACAGAUAGGAUUUGCUAUUUUUCAAGCAGCUUUCGUUUGCCUGUAUUCGUCCUAUUUUGAGCAGAUGGAUACUGGCCGUUAUGUACACCCAGGAACGAAACAUCGCAAUAAACGCUGGACUGAUACCGCAGCUGAACUUGUUAGAGACAUGGUACCACGGCUAUCAAUGAUGAAGAGAUACCAAGAGACACUGCAGAAGACGGGAGAGUUCUUCGCGAACGCCAGCAGUCAAUACCACAAUCACAUCGCGGGAGGUGAGAAGCCUGCGAGUUAUUCUGGCGGCGGGGCAGAUCAAUACAAGUCUCGUGAAAGGGAUCUUAAAGAGUAUGGAGGCCUCUCCGAUCCAGCAGAUAGGAGAUCCAGAGCGAGUACCGACGAUGCGACAGCCAGUAGCAACGGAGAUGCAAUGGUGGGUGUUGAGACGCCAAGAUCAAUGGGUUGGCAGACUGUAAAUAUGCCAGACGCAGACGAUCGUUUAAAGUACGAAGUUUCUCUAGGAUAUGGUGCACAGUCAAACAAUUACCCUGUUCAAGCUCAUCAAGCACAUCUGGUAAACAACGGCCAUCCGGCCCCUUUGCUCAACUCACCAUACGGCAACGGUGCAACUCCUCAUUACUCGCAUACUCAACCACCACAUCACGCGACCUCUUACCCCACGUCCGUCGCUCACCAUACUUCGCAACCUGGUAUGGCGCCUCCUCCCCAGCAAAGCGGCAUAUGGCCCAUUGAGAAACAAUUGGACUGGACUAAGCAUCAUCAUCAGAUUAACUUUUCCAGUGCAUUUGACAAUUUUGGUCAAGCCACGAUGAUGGUUGAGGAUGAUUGGCAAGGCUUGCAGCCUACCAAUUAUAUCCAGGCUAUCCAUAAUGUGAACGGGUGGGCUCCUGAUCGUGUUCCGUCGCCCUCACAUUCUACGAAACGGAACGAAGCAGGUUACGUGCAAACUUGA